CCAUUUGCAGAUUCACAGAAGUAUACACAACCAGAGAGAGAGAGAGAGAGAGAGAGAGAGAGAGAGGAGAACGGAAAGUGGAUUGAGAGAAAGAGAGGGCAGGGAGAGAAACUGGUUUGUGGGCUAAUUUUGAUUAUUAUUAUUGAGAUCUUGUCCCUCCUACAAUCCCCACUUUGUAGCGGACAAGGUAAAGAAUUUAACCCCAUUACCAAAUUCAUCUCUCUCUCUCUCUCUCUCUCUCUCUCUCUCUCCCUCUCCACACUUACACGCAUAUUUCUACAAGUUAUGCUGAAGGGGACAGUUUGGUUUAAAAAGGUUUCAACAAGUACUGGGACGGUACUACAGUAUGGCAAUAUUGGCACUGAUUGUGGAUUGGAACGGUCUAGUUUGAUCAUUUUGAAGAAUCUUGGUCACUGCACUAAUUGUGGGUUUGAACAGUCUGGUCUAGUUUGUUUCACGUAUUAAGGUUUUGUUUCGAUCAUUUAGAAGAAUCUUGGCCACUGGAUUUUUUUAAAUGUUUUGAGCAAUGGAAGAGGAAUGCUGGUACAAUUUUUGUUAGACUUUGGGAAAUUCUUCUUUGAAAGGUGAAUUCUGUUGCGGGUUUUUUUUUUGCCAUUUUUUGAGUGAUGAUCUCCAGUUGGGAAUGAUUUUGGUACUGGGUCUUGGUCAUAAAGUGGAGCUGAUGGUUGUACGUUGGCUACUCAGGCAAGGCAGGAGAUCAGAUUGUACUUGGUCUUCCCUCCGGAAACCCUUUGGUUAACCUUGUUUUAUCAAGUUGAUGAUUUUUGCAUCUGGAGUUUGCACACUGUUACCGUACGAUCAAAUCAUUGUGGAUUACUUUGGUGAUAUCUGUGUGUUCAGUCCAAUUCCUGUGUGCAUUUGAAGCACAGAGUAACUCAAAUUGGGUGUUCUUUUUAAAAACUUUGUGAGGUGGCUUUUGUGGAAUUCAUGGAGUAUUGUUGAAGCUGGAAAUGUAUGUGGGGAUAUGGUGCAUGGACAGGAGCAUAGUUGCUGGUUCCUUACAUUUCUGGAACAGUGCUGCUGCAAAGUAACUGAAGCAUUUCUGUUUCUGGACAGUUACCUUUUAGCUUGGUCCACGAUCCCGUGCAAUGUCUCGCUGCUUUCCAUUUCCACCACCAGGAUAUGAAAAGAAGGCUAGAACCUAUGACACUGACUUGCUAAAAAAGGAGAAGCACAGAGAGAAAAAGCAGAAGAGGGAGAAGAAGGACAAGGAGAAGAGAGAAGGUAAAGAGCAAAGGGAGAAAGAUAGAAGUGACGGAAAACGUAGAGACAAGAAAGAAAGGAAAGAGAAACAUGGAGACAAAAAGAAGGAUAAGGAGAAAGAUAGGGACAAAGAUAAAGAUAAAGGCAACACAUCAGAGGAGAAGAGUAAUACUGGCCGGUCUGAGAUAUACAAUGGAGGGGACAAAGAUAAAGAUAAAGGCAACUCAUCGGAGGAGAAGAGUAAUACGGGCCAGUCUGAGAUAUACAAUGGAGGGAAGCUCAAUGAAAAAGAGAGAGACCCGGACAAACACAAAAGCAGUAUACCGUAUGAAAGAGAACAGGGUCACAACAGAGAGAAGCCUAGUCAAAACAGUGUUUUGGGGAGGAGGAUCAGAGAUGACGAAAACGGAAAUGGAAGCCAGUUGGUUGAGAGAAUUAGAGUCCCAGAGCAAAAAAGUGACGUGCAGAUUGAUGAAGUGGUGGUCACGGAUACUGGAAUUUUGGCGGAAGGUAUGCAAAAUAACAAGGGGAAAAGAAUUGAUGAUAGGAAGAUCGAUGUACAAGGAAGACUGUUUCAGACAAGCAAUGAGAGAAGGAUGGAAGAGAAAGAGAACUCAAAAGAGUUCAAGGGCGAUAAAAAACGAGGGGACAAACAGAAGAAUAAAGACAAGGAGAAGAAAAGCCAUGGGAAGGAUAAAGAGAGGGAAAAAGAAAAGAAAAAAGUAGAGGUAAGUGAAAAUAAGAUUGAGGAUCAGGAUAAAUACAAAGAUAGGAUCAAGAAUGACCUUCAUCGUGCCCAGGAUAUUAAAACGUUACAUUUUUCCAAGAAUGGUGAGAGUAACACUGGCACGGAGGGAAAUCUGAAGAAAAGAAAAGAAUUCGAGCCAAAUGGGUUUUUGCACGAAACCGAUAUCAGGCCUAGUAAAAUGCCAAGGCCUAGUCCUCAUCCGUCAACAGAGAACGGAAGGAAAUUGGUACCUUGUCGACCUCCAAUGCUGUCUUCUUCUGAUUGUCUGAGGCCACCCAAUAAUCUUAAGUUGGAUAAUAAGGAGCGCAAGGUCAAUGGAGUGAUAGGAGCUCACUCGUUGUCACUCUCCUCAAAAAGGUCAUCUGCAAUUCCACCAGCAGAUCAAACUGCUCAAGAUUCUAUGAAGCCACUCCAUCCCGAUUCCAAGUACUUGAGCAAAACGUCAUCUGCAAUUCCACCAGCAGAUCAAAUUGUUCAAGAUUUUGUGAAGCCAACCCAUCCUGAUUCCAAGUACUUGAGCAAAACGUCAUCUGCAAUUGCACCAGCGGAUCAAAUUGUUCAAGCUUCUGUGAAGUCACCCCAUCCCGAGUCCAAGCACUUGAGAAAAAAGUCAUCAGCAAUUCCACCAGCUGAUCAAAUUGUUCAAGCUUCUAUGAAGCCACCCCCUCCCGAUUCCAAGUACUUGAGUAAAAAGUCAUCUGGAAUUCCACCAGCUGAUCAAAUUCUUCAAGCUUCUAAGAAGCCACCCCAUUCUGAUUCCAAGUACUUAGACCAGGUACUUUCAGUUCCCAAACUGAAGGAAUGGUCCGAUUUUGAUGACCAGGAGUGGCUAUUUAGUAGCAGAAAAGGUCGUUCAUUGGAGAAACCUGAUGCAGGGUCCAGUGAGAUCCCAAGGGUAUGGGCUGAAGCUCUGCGGAUUGAAUCAGCCGAUGUUUGUGCUCUGCCAUAUGUAAUUCCUUAUUGAUUGGUAUAGAUUCCGGAAUGAUUGGAUGGGCCGAGCUCUGCUGACAAGCACAGAUUGGAGAACUAAGGAAGCAUCCAUGGUAUACUUUCGAGUGAGCGUCGAGUGACUUAUAGCCAUGGCUGCAAUUUUUUGAUACCUGUCACACAUCUUUACUUGUUCUACAGUUGGUUGGCUGGUUGAUGAAUCUCUUUGCUGGGUAAGGAUUGUGGGCCAUUCCUUGCUUCCUUUGACUAAAUACUAAUUGAUUCGAAAUGGAAAAUUCCAUGACGUCCCAUAUUGGCCGCAAAGGAGAGUGUUUUGAAAAUGGUGCAUAGAAGCUUGAGCUUCUGUGUCUGAGUGAGCAUAAAAGAUAACUAGCUGUGGUCUUUGCAUCCCCACUUCAAUUUUGAUUUGUAACAUAGAACUCUUAUUUACAAGGAAUGUACGAUAGAGGGAAAGUAAAAGAGGUAGUAGUCAUUCAUUUGAUUAACAUUAGGUGUGAUCAUUGUUCAUAAUCUCAUUCAAUUUUCAGUUUC